AUGUCCAUUUUUACCAAAGCUAGCUACCCUCUUCGCUCACUGAUCCGUCCCACACGCUCAAGACUGCUGAAUAUAUCCCAGAGCAAGCAAGCAAGCGCCCUAUCACUCAACCCUCUGAAAUGGUUCAAGAGAAACCCUGAGAGCCAACCUCCACCAGAGACAGCAGUUGAAGUAGUGGCCUCUCAGACCCAGUCAGAAGUGGACUCAUAUGAAGAUGACGACGUCCUGAGGAACAUUGAUGAUCAUACGAACAAGUUUAUUCCUGUUACAAGGGGCACGUUACUCAAGACGCUGGUCAUGGAGAAGAACAUGUUCACUGCCAAGGAGAGGCAGUCUAUGGAGGACUUAGCAGCUGCACUGGAUUCAUACUACUCACACAAGUUCUACGGUAUCCUUGAAGAAUCCAAGCUUCUCUACGACAGCCUGGACCCGGACAAGGACACAUUGCAGACGAGAGAUUUAUCCAAGAAAGACGUGCUGGAUCAAGAAUACUGGCUUCUGGAGAAAGUUGAUAAACUACUCGAAAAGGCCAACUUUUACCAAAUCCCUCGUUAUAGAUUUGCCGAACUCUUGAAGGAGCACGAUUCUGGAGGUGUGGCAGUUUCAGUGAACCCUGACAAUUACGAUAUGCUCAAAAUCUGGACAAGGGGAAUAGAAAGCAGAAAACAAUCAAAUUGGGAACGUUUCAAAUCCUAUUUCAACGUUUUCGUCGAUAGUAGAAAGGACCCGCAUAUCGCAGACCCAGAGUACUCCGUAUAUAGCCGCGUGUUUGUGGCUGUUCGAUCUCGCUCUUCAAAGAAGCUUCAUCUCAAGGUUUUCAAAGAGGUCCCUUGCAACAAACUAGAGCACUUGCUACCUGAUGGCAAAAUUAAAAUGUCAAAAUUCGACAAGCAAUUUCUCACCUGGUCUGGGGUCAUUGGUGGGUGUGUGCUAGCAUCUCGGUCUGUACCUGUACUUGCUGAUCUUAAGGUGCAGUGGACCUUCAUUGGUGUUGGACUGGCGGGAUUAAUUGGAGCUAGAGCGUGGAUAGGCUACAAGAACAAACGAAAUCAGUAUCUGGCAAACUUGGCCUCUACUCUGUACUACAGCACUGUAGCUAACAAUCGCGGUGUACUGACGUUAUUGACGGAUCGAGCACAAGAUGAAGAGUUUAAAGAAGCUCUAUUGGCUUAUGCAUUUUUGCUCAGCCCAGAGAAUCGCCGGGGGAUACCAGGCGCAGAGCACACGUCGGCACCACCUGUACUCGACACUCCCGAGUCUCUUAGGUCAAGAAUAGAAGAGUGGCUCUCAAAACGAUUCUCUUUUCAUAAUAUUCAAUUCGAUAUCGACGAUGCUGUGUUUAAACUGGACAAUAUGGGACUGUUAUUGAGACAGGGACGAGAUAAAUUAGCCGUGAGGGACUUAGAGGAAGCCCUCACAAUACUGCCACAGCCGAGAGGGGAAUGGACGGCAGUGACUGCUUUUAGAGAUUCAGAGAGCUCAGAUGAACUUGUUAACUUCGAAGACAAUUUGAAAAAAGUAGUGAAAAUAGGUUGGAGGUAGCUCUAGCCAGUUUUAGUUUGUAUAAUUAUUUUGUGCUCGUAAUUAGAUUGUGACUUUGUUGACAUUAUUAAUGAGCUAGUAAUUAUUUACUUCCUGAA